AUGAAUCGGUUACAAGCAACUACUAUGCUGCUAGUGGCGUCGGCAAUAACGGCAGAAGUGACGACAGCCACUGGACAACUUGAUCAUAUGUCAACUCAACAAACACAUUGGUUACAUGGUUGCGGUACAGCCGAAUGGUUACAGUGUGUGACUCAAAAUGUGAUCAGGACGUUUAGGAUGUUGGAACAAUCAGACCGUUUGCAACUAGCCGACGGCGUGCGUUUGGUCAAGACCUCUACAACGACCGACCGAUCCACCAAGUACGGGAAUCAUACUUUUGACAUAAUCAACACAAUGGUUUCAUUCAUCAAUAGUCAUUCGUUGCAAAUUGAUCUAUGGACACCUGAUAAUAAUGCCACCGCCGAAGGGCGCAGGCGUCACGCUUACCGGAAGGUGUUCCCGAUCAUCGUGAGCACAUACAUGAUCAUGUCGGCCAUCCUGAUUCCGAUGGGUUUCAUGUUCAUGUCCACGCUGGGCGGUAAAGCACUGUUGGUCAGCAAAAUGGCACUCAUGGUGUCGCUAAUGAGCAACAUCAAAAAGAUGUUCUCGUACGAGUACUACGUCCCGCCGACACCUCCAGCCGGUCACCACCACUGGAAGCGGACACUGCUGGCGCACCGCACCACUGCCGGUCCGCUUUACUCGUCGUACACAUGAAAUAGCAAAAAUAAUACCGCGAACACGCUCAGUCAAAUUUCACGAGCGGCCCUAGAUCCCCUGAACUUACAAUCGUAUAUAAAUUUGUAUGAUUUUUGUCACGAAACAAGUUUGUGUUUAUAAUUACGGUUUAAAUAUUAGCCAUGAAUAGGUGAUACGUGUAACAUUGUACGCGUUAUAAUUAUUUAUUUUAUUUAUUGUCAAUAUAUAAUACGAACCA